AUCAAUGUCCGUGGUCAUUAUCGUCGUCGUGGUCGUGGUCGUGGUCGUCAUCGUGGUCGUCAUCAUGGUCGUCGUCGUGGUCAUCAUCAUGACCAUGACCGUGGCCAGGCUUCGGAUACACAGUAACAACUGGGAAGCCCCAGCAGCUGCAAGCACUGGAGUAUCUCACACCGCCAGAGCAGGCGGUAGCAUAGGUCGGGACGGCGGUUGGGCUAGUUGGAGGAUGGCUAGCGUAAGAUUCUGCCUGGUGGGAAUAGACGGUUGCUGGCCCGUUGCGGGUGCCAGUGACGGCUCGAGCACAGUUGUCUGCGUUGCAGCCCGGUGGCCCGUUAUUCCUCUCGAAAAUGAGGUUUCCGAAGGCAAGGCUAGCAAGAGCGAGGAGAAUGAGUGUUGGUCUCAUGAUGAACGAUUAUUUGAGAGGGAUAACUUUGGUGUUGAUAGUCAGGAUAAGUUUUUGGUUAUGAUUAAAGUGAAAGUUGCUUGA